CGCGUUCAAACGGAACCGACCUACACCAGUGUUUAACUGGGGACCAGUUUUAGCGUGUAGCUAAUGACAACGUCAACAGGAAGUAAACAGGCUAGCUAACUCUAGCUUCUGCUGGCACUUUGAGCUCUUCAGGUAUGAACUGUUCUUUAGAGAAGGUUCUGGCAGAUGCCAAAUCGUUAGUGGAAAGGCUCCGUAACCACGACAACGCUGCCGAGAUGUUAAUCGAGCAGACCACGUCCCUUAACAAGCGGGUGGAGGCCAUGAAGCAGUACCAGGAGGAGAUCGAUUUACUUAACCAGGUUGCACGACAUCGACCUCGUUCCAGUCUGGUUCUGGGAAUCCAGCAGGAAAACCGUCAGAUCAGGGAACUACAACAGGAAAACAAAGAGCUCCGAACAUCGUUGGAUGAACACCAGUCUGCGCUGGAGCUCAUCAUGACCAAAUACAGGGAACAGGUGUUCAGGCUUCUAAUGUCCAGCAAGAGGGAGGACCCAGCCAUCGUCACCCAGCUGAAAGAGCAGCAUACCACGGAAAUGCAGGCGCACAUCGACAAAAUAAACGAGAUGGCCUCGGUGAUGAGGAAGGCGAUAGAAGUGGAUGAGGGCCAGACGUGUGAAGACGAGGAGAGGAUUAAACAGUUAGAGCUGGAGAACAGUGGACUCAGGGAGCUUCUGGGAAUCAGUCGUGAGGCGUUCCUCAUUUUAAAGAGAGAAGAUCCCUCUGAGAACACGUCGCUGUCUCCGCUGCUGACCAGCGCCGACGUCAGCCUGCGGAAGAGUUAGACCGCUUUGCUCUGCUGUCCCUAGAGUGUACAGGCUGUUGCCUCUUACCCAGCUCACAGACUCCUUAAGGACGACGCCCCUUGUCGCAUGUCGCCCCGGAGCCCCGUCUCUGUCUGCUGUUGCUGUAAUGUUUGCUUAUUAUGUCUGUGUGCAUGAGUCGGUUGAGUCUGCUUCGUUUUAAAGUAUGAAUGAAUGAAAGAUGAUCAAAUAAACCUGCAGUCAUCAAA